AUGUACGGGUUGAUCCUCAACUACAUACCAACUGCUUCGGUCACCGCCCCGCAUCACACCGAGGAAUGCAACCCAUCUCGCUCACGAGUCACAAAUGUACAUAGGCGAGGCGGAACCUGGAAGCUGCACGCGGCCAGAACGUCGGCGAUGCUACGGUUACGAUGCGCUUGCGAGCGCAAAUACAACAGGUCACAAACCUUCUGUCAUCGUUUGACCGGUUUCCCGUCUAGUUGCCCUGCGGACUACUGGCCACGUUCCAACGUCGCAGUGUUCCACCAUGCCAGGACUCGGCAACUCAAUUGCUCGACAAGCCAUAGACCUCACCCCCUCGAUCCUCCCAAACGACUUUCAAAGAGACGGUUUUCCGGCCCUAACUGUCUGCUGUUACACGGUGCCCAGACUCUCCUCAUGAAGCACUGGGGCAGGGGUAUAGGAAUAGCACGGCAAUUGACCAUAUCCAAGUCGGACGCACAGAAUUCGGACCACGAAAACCUUAUACACGCUUUGGGCACUUUCGUCGCUGCUCGAAUUCCAGCCUGGCUGCAGCCCCAUCCUGGCUCUUGGCGCUUCUCACCUCAAUAUGAGGCUGCACCUUCGCCUUGGAAGUUGGAGGCCAUCAAGCCGCAGGUCACCAUUUGUGCCUCAAUCCCACAUGAUGAGGCUACCAGCUACCGGUUGUACGAGGUUGCACGAGAAGUUCUAAGUUGGGACCCUCUGAACUACGCCAAUGUCUGA